AUGAUGAGUGUUCUCUACAGCUCCGACUACCAAGGCGUCUUCGUCUAUGGACUUGGGCUUCUUUGCGGCUUCGCCGUUCACUAUGGCCUUUUCAUUCAUGGAGAGUGGCAUGUUCAAGCGCCCCAGAUUGUUCUGGGACACUUUUGGUUUUUCAUCUGUUUCGUCGCGUCGAGCAUCUAUUACAAAGGCACAGCCAUUGGGGAGCUUUCUCAAUCUCUUCUGGUGCUGUACGCUGGCUAUCUUCCUGGUCUCCUAGCCAGUAUUGCUCUGUACAGACUCUUCUUCCAUCGACUGGCUGGCUUCCGUGGUCCGUGGUAUGCCCGCAUCACCAAACUCUGGCACGUAUGGGCAUGCCGGGACUGCAAGAACCAUCUGGUCUUGGAGAAGCUGCACGAGCAAUACGGAGACUUCGUCAGGACAGGACCCAGUGAGAUCACCGUCUUCCACCCAGGGGUCUUCAUGGCUGUGGACGGCCCUCGAUCGGAGUGCAUCAAGGCCGAAUGGUAUGAUAUCCUGCAUCCGGACCGAGCUCUCGUCACAACCCGCGUCAAGCCCAUUCAUGCUGCAAGACGCCGCGAAUGGAACCGUGGAUUUUCGGCUCAAGCCCUUGUCCAGCACGAGUCAAAGAUUCUCAAGUAUAUUGAGCAACUGGACCAAUGCAUUGAAGCCAACGCCAAAGCGAAGAAACCCUCGGAAGUGCGGGACCUCUUCUUCUGGUUCGGUUUCGAUGUCAUGGGAGACUUUGUGUUUAGCAAGUCUUUUGACAUGCUGCAUCAGCAGCAGUGGCACCACAUCAUUGUGCGGUUGCAGCGUGCUCUCUCCCUGCUGGGGCCCUUCAGCCCGACUCCUUGGCUGAUUCAAGUCGGCUUCAAGCUCGCUCCGCGAGUGGGUGUUCUCAAGGACUGGUUCGAUAUGGUCGCUUGGUGCGAACGGCAGAUGCGGACAAGACUAGACGAUGCAUCUCCCAAGCCGUCGGUUCCUGACCUUGCCCACUACCUGAUGGAGCUUGAUGAUGGCCAGACCGAGAUGAAGGAUCGAUUGACGUGGCUCUUCGGAGACAGCCUGCUUGCCAUUGUGGCCGGAAGCGAACCUACCGCCGCCGCCCUGAUUGGCAUCUUCUGCGAGAUGGCAAAACACCCAGAGCACGUUGACAAGAUCUACGAAGAGUUGAAGGACGUUGACGUGACGGACCUCAAAACCCUCACGAGUCUGCCGCACCUCAACGCGGUCAUCAACGAAGGCCUCCGCCUCUACCCGGCCCUGCUCACCGGCGGAGCCCGGAAGACGACGGAAAACGGGGCCAACAUUGGCGGCACCUUCAUUCCGCCCAACACGACCAUCAUUGCGCCUCGGCAUGUCAUAUCCAGAAGAGAGGAUUGCUUCGAACGCCCGAACGAGUUUAUUCCCGAAAGAUGGAGCACUCGACCGGAGAUGGUCCGAAAUGCAUCAGCAUUCGCACCUUUCGGGACAGGUCACCACAGCUGUCUUGGUCGUUUUCUUGCAACGGACUCUAUGAGGUUCGUCGUCGCAAGGCUCGUCAAGAAAUAUCACAUUCGCCUUGCUCCAGGCGAGACGGGCACUCGAGUCUUUGACGAAAUCCGGGAUCAGUUUACAUCCAACCCGGGUCCCUUGUCUCUUUGUUUCGAAUUGAGGUGA